AUGGCGCGCGCCAUGUCGACUAGCAUGCGCACUCUGAAGAGCGAAGCGCCUGCUGUUGCUAACGCGUCGGCCUCGCAGAAGCGUGAUCUUGUGGCCGAGCAGGUGGACCGUAUUGGCAACCCUGCGCCCGUGUCGAUCGUAAGCGACGCCCCUAAUUCUCUCCACCAGCGUACUGUGCGCAUUUACCAGCCCGCGAAGCCCGCCACGUCGUCGGGCAAGGCUGGUACCAAGGACUGGCGCGUGGACUUUGACAUUCUCCAAGGCUCUGGCCGCUGGGAGAGCCCGCUCAUGGGCUGGGCCUCGACGGCUGACCACCAGCAGGCGCUUUCUAUGAAGUUUGACUCGGCAGAGGAUGCCAUUCACUUCUGUGAGAAGCAGGGUUGGGACUUCUUUGUCCAGGAGCCCAACAAGGCUCGUAUCCCUCCGAAGAGCUACGCGACCAACUUCAAGUACAGCCCAGAGAAGCUGCGUCUCUACCAAACGAAGUAA